UAGGCACUCUCAUUGUAGAGACAAACAAAAUAUAUAGCAACUCUAAUCUCAAGGCCUUCUCUGUCUACCUCUCCACUCAAAUUUCUUGUGGUUUCUGUUUGUCUAAAUUUACUUUUGUUGAGGAGUGCUGGAGAGAUGGACAACAAUGAGGACAUUCCGUCCAUACCUUCAACACCCGCAACCACGCCAGGACAUACCCCUGGUCGACCCCUUUUUGGUGGGUUGGGGUCUGAUAAUAGAACAGGGAAUAAUGGUUAUGGUAAGAAGAAGAAGUCCCUCCUUAAGAAUUGUAAUUGUUUCACUGUUGAAGAAUGGACCAUAGAAGAUGGAGCCUUGCCCGCCGUUUCUUGUUCAUUGCCAUCCCCUCCUGUCUCCCUAGCAAGAAAGGUAGGAGCUGAGUUUAUAGGGACUUUCAUUCUGAUGUUUGCUGGGACAGCCACUGCUAUUGUGAACCAAAAGACACAAGGUGCUGAAACUUUGAUUGGAUGUGCUGCCUCAACUGGUCUAGCUGUUAUGGUUGUCAUCCUCUCCACCGGUCACAUCUCCGGUGCUCAUCUCAACCCUGCUGUCACCAUUGCUUUUGCUGCAUUGAAGCACUUCCCAUGGAAGCAUGUGCCUAUGUAUAUUAUUGCACAAGUUAUGGCAGGAAUUUGUGCUUCAUUUGGUCUGAAAGGGGUAUUCAACCCUUUCAUGAGUGGUGGAGUCACGGUUCCUUCUGGAGGAUAUGGUCAAGCUUUUGCUUUAGAGUUCAUUAUCAGCUUUAUUCUCAUGUUCGUUGUCACUGCAGUCGCUACCGACACAAGGGCUGUUGGAGAGAUGGCCGGAAUUGCGGUGGGAGCGACUGUCAUGCUCAAUAUACUCAUAGCAGGGCCAGAAACCGGAGCCUCCAUGAACCCAGUAAGAACACUAGGUCCGGCGAUUGCCGCAAACAACUACAAAGCCAUCUGGGUCUAUCUGGUAGCUCCCGUACUUGGAGCUCUGAGUGGGGCCGGUAUAUAUACUGCGGUGAAGCUGCCUGAUGAAGAUGAAGAUAGUGCCAAGGUGGUGGGUUCAAACCACCCCAGCUUCAGAAGGUGAAUUGUCCCCAUGGUCAUAUAGGUCAUCAGAUUAGAUGUUUAAUAUGGAAAGCUAGCAAAAAUAAGAACUUGCGCUUGUGCACAUAGAAGAUAUACAAAAUAUGUGUUCAGGUGCAUGGGGUAUCUAUUACAUCCAAGCAAGAACUGUGUGCUGUUUUGGCUCUCAUGCAAAUACAAUACCUAUUCCCUGUUUUCUUCAUCUUCCUGUUCUCCUUCUCUUGUGAUAAAACUAAAAGAAAGAGGAAGAAAAGACUGAUUAGCAAUUAGUCAGUAAUUCUUCGAUGUUCCAAGUGCAUAUCCGAUAAAGAAAACCUUGGAAAGAAGCCAUUAGCAAGCUUUACAAAUUUCAUCCCACGAAAAAACACAAAGGGAGAAGCAUUUACAGAAAUAGCUGGUGUUUUCUCUCCAACCAAAUGGGAGUAAUCAAUGUUAAACAUAGCAAGAUGGCAUAUGCUUUUGUUCUUUUCUCAUUUUUCCAUUUCUCAUUUUUCCACAAUGUAAAAAUUAUGUGUGUUUCUAUAUCAGACAUCAGUUGAGA